GCCGAAACAGUUUCAUCUCAACAGGGUGAAGGAGGUUCGUCUUCGUCGUCGCAAGUUACAUCAAGUACUAUGCGGUCUAGUGGCAACUGGGUGCUUGAUUUCACGCUGGACUUCUCGUGGCUCUUAGCGCCUGUUUUUGGCGAUGAUGAACAAGGUAGCGACGCAGAAAAAGGCCUGUCGGGACACAAUUACUCGUUGCGAUACCACUAUGACUUUCGAACAGCCGCUGCGGUGGUGAGUAUACUCUUCCUACUGUCUGACCUGUCCUAUCUUCACUACGUUGUUCGCAAGAAGUGGGAGGGGUCAAGGCACAAUGUCC